AUGUACUAUCUAUGCCUUUCAGAAAGCUUUGCGGAUGGCACUGAAGAGCGUUUGUAUAGGACUUUGUUGUCAGAAGAACGAUACGAAAAGGAUGUACGACCUACUGCACAUCAUUCACAAGCCUACAAAUGUUACUUUUGGCUUUCUUCUCAAUCAAAUUGUGGAAAUGAUGACUGCUUGAAGCAUGGAAGGGUAACGUUAUUUCCUGAGGCUGGUGUGGCGGAAAAUGAUGAGCGAAACCAAGUGUUGACGACAAGAAGUUGGUUGAACAUCAACUGGAUGGACAAGCGUUUGGUUUGGAAUUAUACGGAAUGGGGAGGCAUUAAAACCAUCUACAUCCCACAUAAACGACUCUGGAAGCCUGACAUCAUUCUCGUGAACAAGUAA